AUGAAAUGGGCUAUCGAACUCAGUCAAUAUGACCUCCUAUACUGGCCGAAGACUGCUAUAAAAGCCCAAGCUUUAGCAGAUUUUGUUGUAGAGUUUACUUCGACAGCCGAAGAAGAGAAGAUGGUCACGAAAAGUAAGGAAAAAGCAGACGACACCUCCCCCACCGAUUCAAACCUACCUAACGACAUGUGGCAGUUGCAUGUAGACGGAGCAUCAAAUCACAAAGGAGUGGGAGCAGGAGUAGUCAUAAUCACCCCAGAUGGGACUUUGUUGGAACAAGCUAUCACACUAGGCUUUUCUGCUUCAAACAACGAGGCAGAAUAUGAGGCAUUGCUUGCAGGAUUGCGCCUAGCAAAAGAACUGCGAGUACAUGACCAAACAUCCAACCAGUACCUCGACAAAGUCCAAGGACUUUUGAAAGAAUUCCCUACUUUCACCAUCCAACAAGUUCCACGGGUGGAGAACACUCAUGCAGAUGCAUUGGCUCGCCUAGGAUCAGCACUGGACACCCAGUUCAGACACUCCAUCCCACAAGACCCCAUCAUUGACUACUUAGUGAAUGGAAAUCUACCAACGGAUAAGUCCGAAGCUAGGAAGGUCCAACAGAAAGCCGCGAGAUAUUACAUUCAAGGCCACAAGCUCAUUCGCAGAUCAUACUCUGGCCCUUAUCUCACUUGCAUAAAAUACCCUCAAACACUUGAGGUCUUCUGCAAAAUUCAUGACGGCGAGUGUGGCAACCGCUCUGGGGGCAGGUCGCUCGCCCAGAAGGCUCUAAACGUAGGCUAUUUCUGGCCUACUAUGCGCCAUGACUCCACUGAAUAUGUCAAAAGAUGUGAUCGCUGCCAACGGUACAAACUAGUUCCUAAUCUGCCUGCCGAAAUCUACCAUCCGCAGAACAGUUCGUGGCCUUUCAUGCAAUGGGCCAUCAACUUAGUAGGCCCCAUGCCAACGACACCUGCCAAGAAAGAAAUGAUGAUCGUAACCACUGAUUACUUUACUAAAUGGAUCGAGGCCGAAGCUCUAUCCUCUACUAAAUAA